GCCUACCCGUAUAGAUCAGCAAGGUUCGCCCUGCUACGUUGUAACGUCAAAGCGCCCGAGAUAAUACGGGGCAGCCCGUACUGAGCAGGAGGCUAAAUGAGAGGGAGAGAAAAAAAAUUACAACCUGAGCUCUCGGCUGGAGGAGGGGAGGUCUAGCUCGGCACAAGCGACGACGCGGGCCAAGGGAUUAUGUUUAGACGGCCUGUGAGUGGCCAGAUUGCCUAGGGCCAUGCCAGCUCUAAGCCGCACAUUCUGUCAUAUCCUGCUAUCCCGGCCGUGAGGCUCCAUCUUUUACCUCUCUGAGGACAGCGACUGGCCCCAGAAGCAGCCGAAAAACACCUCUCCCCCACCCAGGCAAAACCAACUCUCCACUCUCGUCGCUUUAUAACAACCCCCCCCCUCCAAGGCCUUUUUCUUCGUUCUGAUGUUGACUGAUUUCUCCAAUUGACUGCAGUCUGUAGACCCUCGCUCAAUUGGCCACCAUGCUUGCUUCCAGACAGGUUCUGGGCAGUAUUGCUCGGGGCCGCGCCGUCCGUGGCGCGGCCAGCAGCGUUCGCCGUCUGGCUACCGUCUCUGAUUCUGCUCUCGACCGAAAGGUCCGCCAGAACAACUGGGAGGAGAACAACUUCAUCAACUACAAGAAGAUGUCUGAGAACCUCUCUAUUGUCCGCAGCCGGCUCAACCGACCCUUGACCUUUGCCGAGAAGAUCCUGUACUCUCACUUGGACGACCCUCACAACCAGGAGCUCGAGCGAGGCAAGUCUUACCUCAAGCUGCGCCCUGACCGUGUGGCUUGCCAGGAUGCCACUGCCCAGAUGGCUAUUCUUCAGUUCAUGUCCGCUGGCAUGGACUCCGUCGCGAACCCUACCACCGUCCACUGCGACCAUCUGAUUGAGGCCCAAGUUGGCGGCGCCAAGGAUCUUGAGCGCGCCAUUAGUAUCAACAAGGAGGUCUACGAUUUCCUGUCUUCUGCUUGUGCCAAGUACAACAUUGGUUUCUGGCGCCCUGGCUCUGGUAUCAUCCACCAGAUUCUCCUUGAAAACUAUGCUUUCCCCGGUGGUCUCCUCAUUGGUACUGACUCUCACACCCCCAACGGUGGUGGUCUUGGUAUGGCCGCCAUUGGUGUUGGUGGUGCUGACGCUGUCGACGUCAUGGCCAACCUGCCUUGGGAGCUGAAGGCCCCCAAGAUCCUCGGUGUCAAGCUCACUGGUCAGCUGUCUGGCUGGACUGCGCCCAAGGACAUCAUCCUCAAGGUCGCUGAUAUCCUGACUGUCAAGGGUGGCACUGGCUCCAUUGUUGAGUACCACGGCCCUGGUGUUGAGGGCAUCUCUGCCACCGGUAUGGGUACCAUCUGCAACAUGGGUGCCGAGAUUGGUGCCACUACUUCUCUUUUCCCAUUCAACGACCGCAUGUACGAUUACCUUGCCGCUACCAAGCGAAAGGAUAUCGGAGAUUUCGCUCGUGCUUACGCUACUGAACUUCGCGAGGACCAGGGUGCCGAGUAUGACCAGCUUAUCGAGAUCAACCUGUCUGAGCUCGAGCCCCACAUCAACGGUCCCUUCACUCCCGAUCUGGCCACUCCCAUCUCCAAGUUCAGCCAGGCCGUCAAGGACAACAACUGGCCCGAGGAGCUCAAGGUCGGUUUGAUCGGCUCUUGCACCAACUCCUCCUAUGAGGACAUGUCUCGCGCUGCCUCUAUUGCUCGUGACGCCCUCGACCACGGUCUCAAGUCCAAGGCUGUUUUCACUGUUACUCCUGGCUCUGAGCAGAUCCGCGCUACCAUUGAGCGUGAUGGCCAGCUCCAGACCUUUGAGGAGUUUGGCGGCAUUGUCCUUGCCAAUGCUUGCGGCCCUUGCAUCGGUCAGUGGGAUCGCCAGGAUGUGAAGAAGGGUGACGCCAACUCCAUCCUCUCCUCAUACAACCGGAACUUCACUGGACGCAACGACGGCAACCCCGCCACCCACUCUUUCGUCACCUCUCCCGACCUGGUUGUUGCUCUCUCCAUUGCUGGCUCUCUGCACUUCAACCCCCUUACCGACUCGCUUGUUGGCAAGGAUGGCAAGGAGUUUAAGCUUAAGCCUCCUACCGGCGAUGGUCUCCCUGCCAAGGGCUAUGACGCCGGUCGCAACACCUACCAGGCACCCCCCAAGGAGCGUGCUAGCGUCAACGUCCAGGUCAGCCCCACCUCUGAUCGUCUCCAGAUCCUGGAGCCCUUCACUCCCUGGGAUGGCAAGGACGCCAAGGAUGUCCCUAUCCUGAUCAAGGCCAAAGGCAAGACCACCACUGAUCACAUCUCCAUGGCUGGACCCUGGCUGAAGUACCGUGGCCACCUUGACAACAUUUCCAACAACAUGUUGAUUGGUGCCAUCAACGAGGCCAACGACGAGGCCAACAAGAUCAAGAACUUCACCACCGGCGAAUGGGAUGCCGUCCCCGCUGUUGCCCGUGACUACAAGAAGAAGGGUAUCAAGUGGGUUGUCAUUGGUGACUGGAACUACGGCGAGGGUAGCUCUCGUGAGCACGCUGCUUUGGAGCCUCGUCACCUGGGAGGCCUGGCCAUCAUCACCCGAAGCUUUGCCCGUAUCCACGAAACCAACUUGAAGAAGCAGGGUAUGCUUCCUCUGACUUUCGCUAACCCCGCCGACUAUGACAAGAUCAAGCCCGAUGACAAGGUUGACAUUCCUUGCACCGAGCUCGCCGUUGGAAAGCCCCUUACCAUGGUUGUCCACCCUAAGGAGGGCAGCCCCUUUGAGGUCGAGCUGCUGCAGACCUUCAACGAGGCCCAGAUUGAGUGGUUCAAGAACGGAAGCGCCUUGAACACCAUGGCCAAGAAGUCCAAGAACUAAAGAGAGAGAAAAGACCUUUUGAAGAAAACGAAAGGCGGUGUUUUUGGAGGCCCACAAUCUCGUGAUCUGCCAAAAGCGAGGAAAAUACCCGUCGAGGUAGUCUGUUGACCUCAGAUGCGUUGGGAGUCAUAAUGUGCUUUUACGUUUACUCUGUAUGUAACUCGUGAUUCCCAUGUUUAGUAUAUAUAAUAAAGGGCAAAAAAAAUAAAAAAAAUCAAUUAAAAAAAAAAGAGGUCAUAUUGCGUGCAGACAUGCUGAAUCACGCGAAUUAUGAAACUAUACUUUGGGAACUCUCUAAGCUGUUUAAAUAUAUAAUAAUAAUAAUAAUAUUGAAAUUAA